CACAGCGCAUCGUCUCGGCGGCGUCUAAUCGUAUCCGUGUCCGUGUGUUUAUUUACAUUUAUUCCUUGCUCAAGUUCAGUUUGUUUUGAGUUGUGUUUUCGUUGUUUUCUCGUUAUUUUUUUGAAGUUGCAAUGCCGGGCUGUCAACUUUAAUUCUAACAACAAUUAAAGAAACAGCAACGAAAAACGUAGGCACCGCAGCCUGAAGCAGUGUCAAAGCAGCAGCAACAGUUGAGGGCGGAAGCGGCGGCCAAAAACCGUAGGAAGAAGAUGUCAUUGACGAAAAAGGAUCCAUCGCUGCGUGUUGCCGCCUCCGAUCCGCAUCUGGUUAGCCUGGGCGGCGGUCGUUUGAGUACCGCCGUAACCAUACACUACAUACACAUUGGGGAUACGACAAUCGGAUCGGCCGGGACGUGCAGCAUCUCGUUGAAUGGAAGCGGAGUCCGGCCGCUGCACUGCACCAUCUACAGGAGCGACGCCAACGAGGUGACCCUGGUGCCGGAGCAGGAGGCGCGACUGCUGAUCGACGGCGCCCCCAUUCUGGAGGAGACAAAGCUCAGCCAGGGGGCGAUGAUCACCAUCGGCAACUCGAAUUACUUGCGGUUCAACAAUCCGGCAGAGGCGCAGAUGAUGCGCUCGGCCAUGGGCUCCAACGAGCGGAUUUCCAUGCCACAGAUCGACUUCACGCAGUCGGCGCGACAGGCCCACGAGCUGAGUCAGUCGCUGGAGCUAGAGUCCUUCUACGAGAGCAUCAUCAAUCCGAUCAAGCACUCUGAAGGGCUCCACUCCUCCGGCGGAUAUGAGCAGCAGCAGCUGGAGUGCCCGAAGGUCUUCACCUCCGACCUGGUCACCGUCAAUAUGCCCGCCAAGGAUGUGCUCGGUCAGAAGUAUGCGAGCUUUGCCCGCAAUCUCGCCGAGAACCAUCGCAACGAGAAGCAGAUGAAUAAUCAAUAUGCCAAAGGAGCAGGAGUCGGUAAUAAUUCCGGCUACUGGAACGUACCCACCAAUGCGGCCAUCUACAAGGAGCAGCAGCAGCAGCAGCACCAGCAACAGCAGCUGCUGCAUCAUCACCAACAACAGCAAUCCCAUCCGGAUCUGCUUACCAAGGUGAACAACGAUCGCUACGAUCGAUAUCCCAAGCCAGGCGGCUUCCAGAUCUACUCCAUGAAUGGCGUCAACAAUGACAUCAACAAUGGAAACGGGAGUGCAAAUGCUAGUGGAAGUGGAAGUGGAGGAGCUGAGCUGGAGGAUAUGCUUAAGAUCUGCACGGAGUAUGCGGACAGGAACACAUCUGCUGGUGCAGUGGCUCCACCUCCAGCUUCGCACAAUACAUCGAGCACCUCGAGCAUCACCUCGUCCCCGAUUGUGCAGAAUCGAAUCAAGACAAACGGCUCCCUGCCGCGUGACAAGAAGUCGCCAUUCCCCCAGCAGCCCAGUGGCGGGAGCGGCGGCAGCAGCACCACAAAUCUCUCGCUGCUGAGCAGCGCCUCGGGCUACGAGAAUGUACGUCUGCUAGGACCCAAUCGCGUGGAGAUCAAUGGGCAGCUGCAUGUGCCGGCCUCUGUGGCGGCGGCCGCCGGCACAGCGGGAAGCGGAGGAGCUGGCCCCAGUCCGGCGGUUCGAUCGAGUCACGAGAAUGUCAGUGGGAAUAUCAGUGGCGGGGCAAAGUAUGUGCCACAGAGCCCCAGGACAAAGAUACGCACCAACUGCAUGUCCCCCAAGAAGGAUGUGUCCUUUGGCAGCGCCUUUGCCCUGGCUACCGCCAACCAAUCGCCACCGCCAUCGAACGCCGGAGCAGGUCAAGCGAUGGUAAAGCCGCCGCUGGCACCCAAACCACCGGCACCCAACCAGCAACGGGACUAUGAGCAGCUCUUCAAGUCCUUUGAGCGCAAACAGCAGCAGCUGGACCGCCUGGUGCCGCCGGCCAAGCGCAGCAACAAGAAUGUCAACAAUCUCACCCUGAAUCUGAAUCCCGCCGAAUCGCUGUCGCAGUCGCCCAAGCCCAGCCGCAAGCCGGCGCCAGCACCGCGCAGCAUACACCUGGAGCAGCGCCAUCGCCGGGAGCUGAUCCAACGACGGAAACAGCUGAAAACGGAAUUGGCCGAGCUGCCGCCAUCCACCAGCACAGUGGACAAUCCUGAGAUGGAGCCGCAGCAGGUCGAGCAGCAGCAGGUGACGCCGAUGUCGCCGCGCCUGCAGCUUCAGGCCCUGCAGAACCGGAUACGCCGCCUGGAGGCCCAGAGGAACGCCACGCGCGUGAUGGAGGAGAAUCAGCAGGCAAAGCUAAAGCAAUCGAUUGAAAUGAAGCAGGAUCAGCUGAAAAAACUCCGGGCCAUGCUCAAGCAGAAGCCGAACAAUGCCUGCCUCAAGGAGGAGCUGCAAUUGGUGUGCGAAUCUCUGGAGAGUGAUCGCAAGACGUUCGAGGAUCUGGAGUUUCAGUACUUCGAAGAGGAGUCCGAGCAUCAUGCCAGCCACGAGGAGCUCAAGCGCCAGGAGCAACGCCUCACGCUUGAGUCAGAGCUGGCCGCCUUGCGCAUUCAGCUGGGCCCCGACGACGAAGAGCAGCAGCCCACCUCGCCAAAGAAGAGCGGAUCGGGAGCCGCAGCCGGACCCGCUUCCCUAGGCAGCAGCAGCAGCAAUCUGAUCAACGGCGUCAUGUCUCAGUCUCUAUUUGGAUCUGCGGAACUGCUCUGCCCCAAGCGACACCACCAGGAGGAUCUGAUGUCGAAGAGCGUGAACGAGAAUAUGUUCUACAACCACAAGAUCGAAGCCACCACCAGCACACCGAAGCGUCUGCCCCUGCAGCUGUACGAGGAUGGAGCUGCGACUGGCAGUGGGAGCUGUGAGCAAAUCAGCUUCAAUCUGUCGCUGCAAAGCGAUCGGUUCGAGGUGAAUCCCCUGGAACGUCGGGUGCCCUCGCAGGACGACAUCGAUCGCAUAUGCAAGGUGGCCAAUGAUGCACCCAUCUCGACCAGUCAGGGAGCCAGUACGAAGAUCUUUGACAGCUUCAAGGAAAUUGAACGAAACAGGAAACUUUUGCUGGCUCAGCAGGGUCAUCAGGUCAUUGAGCAUGAGCGACAAAAGAUGUACGACCUGAAGAAGAAAUGCCACGCAGAGGCACGCACCCAAUAUUUGCUAUCCACACAGCAGUCGAUGGAGCAGAAACAACUGGAGCAACAGCUCGAAACGGACGCCAACGGCGGCAAAGAUGCAAAAUUGUUUGAGAAAACGGAAUUGCAAAAGCUCAGCGGCCCUGAGGCGGAUGCAACGGAGGAGAAGGAGCAGCAACAGCAGCAGAAGCAGAAAGAACAAGAGCAGAAGACAAACAACGAUAAGGAGAAUAACGGUCAGAGCAGAAAGUCAAUCGGAAGCAGUCCCUCGGCCACAACAGCGACAACAACACCCCAACAGCAACGCCACUCGCAGCCAGAGCUAGAGCAUCAUGCCAUAGCGGUGGGCAUUGGAAGUGGCAGUGGAUCCACAGCCCAGAUGAUGGCUAGGAGUCCGCGUCCUCUGUCGGAGGCCAACAAUUGUGACGCAACAAUUGAGACGCCCAAGUUUGCCAACGGAAGUGGUGGUGGCAUGGAAUUGUCGGCCAUCGAAAACAAGAGGGCCAGCAGCAACAGCAAUUCCCAGGACACGGCAUCGGCGGGCAGUGGCAGUGGGAACAGCGGCAGCGGUGGCAGCACAGCCAGCGAACGGAAGCGCGCCCUGCCCAAACACCAGCGUCCCCUGACCCGCUACCUGCCCAUCUUCUCGCCAGACCUCAAUCUGAGGCAUCACAUUGAGACCGCUGGCCACCAGAUCGAUCUCUGUCCGCAUGUUUUUGUCGAUGCGCACAGUUGUCGCGGAUAUCUACACAAGCUGGGGGCCACGUUCCACGCGUGGUCGAGACGUUGGUUUGUCCUCGACAGGCAGCGCAGUGCCCUGAUCUACUACUCGGACAAAUCGGAGCGGAAGCCACGAGGCGGAGCCUACUUUGCAACCAUCGACGAGGUGUAUCUGGAUCAUUUGAAUGCCUCGAAGAGCGGCCGACCACAUUGCACCUUCAUUGUGAAGACCAAGAAGCGGAGCUACAACCUUCAGGCAGCCUCCGAUUCAGCGGCGCGCAUUUGGAUAGACGCCAUCAUCACGGGGGCCCAAGGAAAUCUGGAUUACUAAGGAGCCAGUACCCAGUUCAAACACUAAACUUUGCCCAGUGCCCACAGCAGCUGUCUCAGCUAUUGGAUGGCGAAUAUUUCUACACUAGCAUAAGCUCUAACUAACUAACUGAUGAACCCCAACCCCAUCACACACAAGAAAACUGUAGCUCUGUAAGACCAAAACAUCAACCUAUUUGGGGGGGAGGACCUGUAACAACACACAUCCUUUGAACGGGCAAUAAAUUAGAACUUUUACUUUUGGCGAACUAACGAAAUCCGAGAUUUCAGUACUGGACCAAAGUUAAGAAUGUAUUUUUUAUAUGGAAUAUACAUAUAUAUACUGUAUAUGAUAUGAUGUAUUUACUUUAUUUACUAUAUGUACUUGUAUGGCUUUUAAUUUUUUCACAAUCUAGCUAAGAACUCUAUAUAUUUUCUAUAGGACGAAAUGUGUGUACAAUACAAAAUAUGAAGAAAAGCCCAACGCUAAUAAAACAGCCAUUUCGUAGCCUAAUCAAACAGAUAAACACUUAAAUCACACUAACAUCCAUUUUGUACAACUACUACGAUAACGAGAGUAUUUACUUGUAAUAGCCAAAUGGAAUAGCCCCCCACAUGACACCUUUACACUAGAAGUUUCAUUGUGAAUUUACCUAUAUAUACAUACAUAUAUAUUUUGAUAACUGUAUAAUUGGAAGGAUCGAGAGAGGGACAAACCGUUUGUCCAGGACUAAGCCUAAGACUAAACAGAACUUGGAACGAUUUGCUCAGGCAGCUGGAAAGGAUAAUCAAAAA